GCAGCUUCUCAAAGCAUUGAGUUGCUAGUUGCUCAUACCGCCACCUUGCCUUGUGUUGCUUUUGCGGACGGGCGGAGUGCAUGCAGUUCACAGGUCUGCGAUCUGCUUGAAUUUCUUUGCAUCAAGUCAAAUAUCCGCUUGGGAAAAGUAGGGUGUGCACAGAGACAAACCCAAAGCUGUCAAAUACUCUUGAAUUCUGCACAAGGUGUUGGAGGCGCGCCAAAUCAGGGCGCACCACUUGGAGCGCCAUGGCCCCUUCCCGAGCUAGCCUCCUUCCUGGUUUGAUGCUAGCUGCCAUUUUGCUUACAUCCAGCUUUACCACGAUCUCAGCAGAGUUCAAUCAAAGCGCUUCAGCAUCCGUAACAAGAUCAGUGAUCCCGCCAAAAGGUAGCCCAGAAUAUUUAGCGAUGUUCCGGACCGAGGUGCAGGAGUAUAACAAUCUGAUUCUGAAGCCGCUGUUGCCAGAAAGUAUUCGCAGCAAGAUCUCUCAUGAGUGGCAGAUCUACGUGCGGAACUUGUUGUCGGGUCUAGCGCUUUACUAUGUUACGGGGGGCCUGUGGUGCGUCUACGUGUAUGGCAUCAUGGGCAAAAAGUUCUUCCCAAGUGGUGCGAUCCCAAAGGCCGAUGACAUGUGGAAGCAGAUCGCGGUGUCUACCAGGGCGAUGCCGCUGUACGUGUUGAUGCCCACAGUGAGCGAGCUCAUGAUUGAGCGCGGCUGGACACGUUGCUACGCACGCGUUGAGGAGUAUGGCUGGAUAAACCACUUGCUUCUGGCCGCGACCUACAUGACGGUGGUCGAGUUUGGCGUGUACUGGAUGCAUCGUGGGCUACACGAGAUCAAGUGGGCGUACAAGUUGCUGCACGCCACGCAUCACAUCUACAACAAGCAGAACACGCUCUCGCCCUUCGCCGGCUUGGCGUUCCACCCGGUUGACGGGAUGCUGCAGGCGUCGCCGUACGUGUUUGCGCUGUUCCUGGUGCCGAUGCACUUCUUCACGCACGAGCUGCUGCUCUUCAUGACUGCCGUCUGGACGACCAACAUUCACGACUGCGUCGACGGCCAGGUCUGGCCGGUGAUGGGCGCGGGUUACCACACCAUCCACCACACAACGUACAAGCACAACUACGGACACUACACGGUGUGGAUGGACUGGAUGUGCGGCACGCUACGGACGCCCCCCCGGAGUCCGGCAGCGUCCGAAAAGCUGGCGGGGGCGAAGAAAGAAUAAUUGGAGGGAAGACUGCUCCUGAGAGCCGCUCAGGAGGACACGUGGCAAGCAUUGCCGAUUAUUUCAUCAAGCUCUGUUCCACAUUAAGGUCGGGGACGAGAUGAGGGCGUUGUGAUUGUUGGAGUUCAGAAACGAUGCUUUGGUCGAGUCGGUACGGUCGGAACGCAGAUGCUCUAUGGAUUGCAGAAGGACAAGGGUCGUAAGCGAGUUGCGAGCUUCUAGGCCACAGGAUUGAGUCCACGUGUCAAAGCAGCGAGCACCAUUGGUGUACUUUAGCAUCGACUCAUUUCUGUAGGUUUGGACAGUGACUAAGUUUGGUACUCUUAAGUUAAUUGAUGACCAUCUUGCUUGGUGCGUCAGAGCAGCAUUUGAUCACGAAUCAGCAGAUAUCUAGCGUUCAACCGGAUCGCAUGCGAUAUGUUAAGCACGCUACUGCAACACGACUAUAGUGCAUGGUACGUUUGUGAGGUUUCUGC